GCGUGUUUGGCCUGCCUUCACCACGACUAAGCGGCAAAAGGAGAGAGAGUCGAGAGAAGAUUUCUUAUUUCUGCUCUGGUAAAUCUGUCGGGGCAGUCAGUGUGAGGCUGUGAAGGCCGAACCGCGCAUCAUUGCUUCGCGGUUAAUUAUUUUCUAUUUGGUCUAUCUGUCUCUUUCUUUCUUUCUUUCUUUUUUCUUUCUCUCUUUCUCUCUUUCUCUCUUUUUUCUUUCUGUCUCUCUCUUUUUCUCUUUCUCUUCUCUCUUUUUCCCUCCCUUUCUUAUACACAUACCACACACAUAUAUAUAUACGUGCGCGCGUGUGCACACACACACAUUUCUUAGAAUUUCGCGAUCAUAUACACGCAGGUAUAAACAAAAAAUAUAAACAAUAGAGAGAAAGAAAUAUAAUUUUGAUAGACGUUGGUGUUCAGUGCGUGGCCCGGCAUUGCGCCAUUUCAAGUUGCGCCACGCGUUGCGCCACGCUUCCGCGCGCGCGAAAAUUCUGCGUAACGCGUCGACGCGCCGCCGGUCGCGUGUGCGUUUCCAUUCGCACGGUGUUUGGUGCAUAUGUGUGCUUUCACGCUUUUGCCGUUAACAAAUUUUAAUGCGGACGAAAGGUACAGAGAUUCGAAUCUCGUGACAAACUUUUUUAUCUGUCGAUAAAAAGAGAUACAAAGAUAGAAAGAGAGAACGUGAGAAAGAGAGAGAGAGAGAGAGAGAGAGAGAGAUCGUAGAUCGAUCGAUCGAUCUUAGAAUAUUUUAUGUAGCCGACGGACACAAACCUGGCCUUCUCUCUCGCGCGUAUCGAUGGAUCCGAUCGUCCUAGAAAGUAUGCCUGCUGUACUCAUUUCUCUGGCAACCUCUGACCUUGUGGGUCCCGGAUGCCCUGCCAACUCCUUAUCGCUGGCUUUCAGUCUUUUUUAAGCUCAUCGGUCGUCGUUGAACGAGAACGAAAUACGAGUAAAAGCGCUGGCGAGAUCGGCACUCAGCAGCAACAGCAGCAUCAGCAUCAACAUCAGCAUCAACAUCAUCAUCCGCAUCAGCAGCAACAACAACAACAGCAGCAACAACAGCAGCAGCAACAACAACAGCAACAACAAUACGGCGAGGUGAACCAAUUGGGUGGAGUGUUUGUGAACGGCAGACCACUACCAAACGCAGUACGUUUGAGAAUAGUCGAGUUAGCUCAAUUGGGCAUCAGACCCUGCGACAUUUCACGACAACUCCGAGUCAGCCAUGGAUGCGUCAGUAAAAUACUCGCACGUUACCAUGAAACCGGAAGUAUAUUGCCUGGUGCAAUCGGUGGAAGCAAGCCACGUGUCACUACACCUAAAGUCGUACAAUAUAUAAAGCAACUUAAACUUAAGGAUCCUGGUAUAUUCGCUUGGGAGAUAAGAGACCGUCUCCUGUCCGACGGUGUCUGCGACAAAUACAACGUGCCAUCAGUUUCGAGCAUAUCAAGGAUACUACGGAACAAAGUUGGAGCUACCACGACGAUGCAUCAUCAUCCGCAUCAUCCAGCUCAUCAUCAUCAUCAUCUUUAUGCAGCCGCAGCGGCUGCCGCUGGUGCAGCACUGUGUCCUGUUCCGUAUCCACCAGCACCAUAUCAUGCGACGCCUUCGCCGACCCAUCAUCAUCAUCAUCACCAUCAAGUUGGAACGUCAACGGCGAUCAAGCUGUCCACGUCAUCGUCAGCAUCCUUGAUAUACACCAGUGGUGAGAUCCAAGCGAUAGCAGCAACGACCGCAACACUGACGGCACUAUCAACAACAGUAACAGCAGUGACAACAACUACUACGACGACGACGACAGCAACAAUGGCGGUCGCGGCAGCUGCAGCAACAACAGCUGGUAUUCUUCAGUGGCCGAGUCCUCACACUGUCCAGGAUAUUUUAUCGAUUGGCGUAACUGCGAAUGGCAUACCAAGUACCACUUACUCCUUGCCUGAUUCACCUGCUUGCACAAACAUUCUUCUCAACAACAACAAUAACAAUCACAUUACCAACAACAAUGUUAGUUACCACGAUCUUUCCCAUCGUCACCAUCAUCAUCAUCAUCAACAGCAACAGCAACAGCAACAGCAACAUAGUCAAUUGCAUCAUCGGCAGAAUAACGACGGUACCACAGGGAGCAAUAACAGCAACAAUAAUAAUAGUAAUAAUAACGACGACAGCAAUAACGGCAGUAGUAAUGCCAGUUGCGAUAGCGUCGGUAAUAAUAAUAGAGAAACGACACCGAGUGGGUACCAAAGUCUCCCUUAUCAAGCUCAUCAUCAUCAUCAUCAUUAUCAUCAUCAUCAUCAACAACAGCAGUAUUAUGCUUCCACGCUCUAUCACCAUCAUCACCAUCAUCAUCAUCAUCCAGAUAGCGUGAGACCGCUCGCGGCCGGCUCGCCUGUUCUCUCGCCGGUUCUUUCGGUCCAACCGAUAAUGAUGCAACUAUCGAGUAGUCAACCUGCCAGUCCGUGUAAUUAAUGGUCAAUAGACACUUUCUCGAUAUGUGUUCAUCAUUGAUCGUUCGUUCGAUCGUUAUUCAACUAAAUGCGAUAAUGAGCUGUGUGAAUUGAAAAAGACUUCAUAAAAGAAAACAGUGCCUUUCGUAGAUUCGAUUCGAUGACACGUAAUCGAACAAACUGACAAAUCCAAUUUGAAAGUUGGUAGUUUAAUUGCCAAUAUCCUAAAUACCAAAGACUAUCAUCUAAGCAUCUCUUUCUUUCAUUCUCUAUUUUCUACGCGUUUCGCGUUCUAACUUUCUAUGAAAAUUUAUCAAUCAAAUGAUUAUUAAGUAGAUAAAUACGUGUUUGCGUACAUGAACGAAGUGAUAUUUCAGUGAAGUGCACUAAAUAUUUACACGUAAGUAUGCGAAGAAAACUAUGAUAAUCAUAUCUAUCGCAGAUCAAUUUUUUUUAUUAUUCCAAAUGGUAGCUACGAUGACAAUGAAGAUUUUUGAAAAAAAUAUUAUACGUGAUUUGGUUUAAAUAUCGGUCAAUUAUUUGCCAUUACAAAUGGAGAAUCUUUUUUUUCCUCAUGGAUUAUUUAAAAAAAAAAAAGAACAUAACGUCAUACCAUUUUUAUUGUAUUCUAUCAUUGGUAGCCGUUGACAAAAUUUCUACUAAAUUCAGCGGCCGGUACGUUGUGUGAUUGCUCGUUAUACAAAAUCUUUAAUAUUUGUUUUUAACAAACAUUAACAGAUAAUUGUCGUGCAUAUGAGAUUCUAUUUAUAUACAUAUUAUAAAUAUGUAUACUUAUUGAAAAGGUAAGAAAAGAAAUUGAUUUUUUUUUUCUAUUUUCAGUAAAGAGAACUUAACGUGCCUUUAUAUCAUAAUUACAUAUAAUUACACGUUUCUUCUCGUUUAAUUUAAAAACGUUUCUACACAUAAAACAACGAUCUUUAAGAAAGUAUUAAUUCGUAUCUUCUACGACUAAUCAUAUCACGUCGUGCGUACUUAUACACACGUAUUACCAGUAUUCAAAAUGUUUGAGUUGACGAUUAAUACCAAAAAUCAGUACGCGAUAUAACGUGUUAUUUUAAUAAAUAUAUAAUGUUUAACUAUUACAAAGAGCUUCGUAUCUCUUUUGUUCGAUUUAAAUAUAUA